GGUUGGAGACGUGGCUCGAGGCCGCCAUCUUGGUGAGAGGCGAGUCGGCGGCGCUCCUGUCAGGGGGCAGCAGGUCCGGAGCGGCCGGUCCUCCCCUUCCCCCGACCCCAGCCCUAGCCGCAGUGGAGCCGGAGCGCGCGGGUGCGCCCCACCACCGCCGUCACCAUGGAGCUUAUAGCUCAGGUGAAGUGCGGAUGUGGCAUAUCGGAAUCAGACGUCUCAGAGGGGUGCUGUUGGCAGCAGCAGUCUGUACAAAAGCGGGAAAAGCUAUUGUUUCUCGACAGUUUGUAGAGAUGACUCGAACUCGGAUUGAGGGCUUGUUAGCAGCUUUUCCAAAGCUCAUGAACACUGGAAAACAGCAUACAUUUGUGGAAACAGAGAGUGUCAGAUAUGUUUACCAGCCUAUGGAGAAAUUGUACAUGGUACUGAUCACUACCAAAAACAGCAACAUCUUAGAAGAUCUGGAGACCCUAAGGCUCUUCUCAAGAGUGAUUCCUGAAUAUUGCCGAGCCUUAGAAGAGAAUGAAAUAUCUGAGCACUGUUUUGAUUUGAUUUUUGCAUUUGAUGAAAUUGUUGCCUUGGGAUACCGGGAGAAUGUUAACCUGGCACAGAUCAGAACCUUCACAGAAAUGGAUUCCCAUGAGGAGAAGGUGUUCAGAGCAGUCAGAGAGACUCAAGAGCGUGAAGCCAAGGCUGAGAUGCGGCGUAAAGCAAAGGAAUUACAGCAGGCCCGAAGAGAUGCAGAGAGACAGGGCAAAAAAGCACCAGGAUUUGGGGGCUUUGGAAGCUCCACAGUGUCUGGAGGCAGCACGACUUCUAUGAUUACAGAGACCAUCAUUGAAACUGAUAAACCAAAAGUGGCACCCGCACCAGCCAGACCUUCAGGCCCUAGCAAGGCUCUGAAACUGGGAGCUAAAGGAAAGGAAGUAGAUAACUUCGUUGACAAAUUGAAAUCUGAAGGUGAAAACAUCAUAUCCUCCAAUAUGGGCAAGCGUACCUCUGAAGCAACCAAAGUGCAUGCUCCACCCAUUAAUAUGGAGAGAUAUGCAGAUGACACCACCCUUGUGGCAGAAAGCAAAGAAGAACUAAAGAGCCUCUUGAUGAAAGUGAAAGAGGAGAGUGAAAAAGCUGGCUUAAAACACUGUGUUCAGAAAACCAAGAUCAUGGCAUCCAGUCCCAUCACUUCAUGGCAAAUAGAUAGUGUGCACAUGAAGAUUGAGGAAAAGAUCACAUUAACCUGUGGCCGAGAUGGAGGAUUACAGAACAUGGAGCUGCACGGCAUGAUCAUGCUUAGAAUCUCAGAUGAUAAGUUUGGUCGAAUUCGUCUUCAUGUGGAAAAUGAAGACAAGAAAGGAGUACAGCUACAGACCCAUCCAAAUGUGGAUAAAAAACUUUUCACUGCAGAAUCUCUAAUUGGUUUGAAGAAUCCAGAGAAGUCAUUUCCAGUCAACAGUGAUGUAGGGGUGCUAAAGUGGAGACUACAGACCACAGAAGAAUCUUUUAUUCCACUGACAAUUAAUUGCUGGCCCUCAGAAAGUGGAAAUGGUUGUGAUGUCAACAUAGAAUAUGAGCUACAAGAAGAUAAUUUAGAACUGAAUGAUGUGGUGAUCACCAUUCCACUCCCAUCUGGUGUUGGUGCUCCAGUGAUCGGUGAGAUUGAUGGCGAGUAUCGACAUGACAGUCGACGAAAUACCUUGGAGUGGUGCCUGCCAGUGAUUGAUGCCAAAAAUAAGAGUGGCAGCCUUGAGUUCAGCAUUGCUGGGCAGCCCAAUGACUUCUUCCCUGUUCAAGUUUCCUUCAUCUCCAAAAAAAAUUACUGUAACAUACAGGUUACCAAAGUGACCCAGGUAGAUGGAAACAGCCCUGUAAGGUUUUCCACAGAGACCACUUUCCUAGUGGAUAAGUAUGAAAUUCUGUAAUACCAAGAAGGAACCGAAAAGGAAAAUUUUCAAAUGAAGAAGCCAGCAGUGGCUGAAGAGUUUUUUCCAAACCCACAAGCCAUUGGAGACCCUUUUUUUUCCAAAUACAGUGCACGAUUCUCUGAGCGCAAGGACCCUCAGCUCCCCCUCAGUGUUUCAGUGUCACAGAGACAUUCUUUGGCAAAGCAGUGGCACACCAUACAGGGAAAGGCUGCUGAUUUCUUUGGCAGAUUUCCUGGCCAGCAGGAAAGCAAGCUCUCCAGAGAAUGCCCCCAGUUAAUCGUUCUUUCCCUUUGCCUAAGUUGUUCUUUUAUUUGAAUCCUUAAAUAUAUUAUAUUUCAUACUUUGUUUUUAAAAAGUAUUCUCUGCGGAAGAUUUUAAUCUUUCACACUUCUUUACCUUCAGUUUUUUUCUUUUGUAUAUCCAGUCAAGCCCUGGGGUCAUCUGCAUAUAGGCAUUGUAUCUGGCACUCCCGUAACAGGUUGAUCUAAUCCAGUCUUGAUUUUUGGACUAUACAAGUGAACUGCUUGAGGGGUAUGAGGUCUGCACAUUAAAAGAUGAGGUUGUCUUAUAUCCUCUUCCUAUAUCUAGUCAUCCCUCCAUUCCUUUGCCAAGCCAUUUUCCUUUCAGGUUUGUCGCUCUGCUUUAGAACACUACUGUGAAUCCUAUUGUGUCAAUAAUAAAGACAGCUGAGAAGCAGCUUUCAGAUGGCAUAGCCCCCCACUUCAAAGUGUCCUGGAGGAGAACGGUCAUGUCCAGUUAGGGAUUUCACACCCGCAGGUAAUCAUGUCUGCUGCUGGUGCUACCCAGCCUUCCGUUCUCCACAUUUUGGGUACUUCAGCUAAUACAUGAUAGCUCAUGGUCUUUGUAAUCCAUUCACAUUCCUGAGAUUCACCACCUCCCUCUUCCUGAAUGUUCUCUAUAUGUCAUCAGUUUUUUCCUUUCCAUCUGAAAUAAGGUUAUGAUUUUGGAGGCUGAACCCUCAGUGAGUCUUUUUGCCAGUGCCGUUGGCCCUAAACUGGAGUCAAGAAGACUCCAGUUUCACCAUCAGAUUUUUAGCCUUUGAAGAUGCAGCUGAUUAUAUUGCUGUAUAGGAAUUGUUGAUAAUACUCCUUUCUAGCCUCCUCAACAUUUUUUUCAGCAGCCUAUCCUUCCCAUCUCUGAAAUCCUUCCUUUUUCUCCCCUAAGCCUUUUCUGUUGAGUGUCAUCAUGUAGCGGUGGUUUCUCAGCCCCCCAUCCAUUAUUUCUUCAGUGGAGAAGACUGCAUCAGCCAGCCUUGCGUUGUCUUUUAAUCUAGUAUUGCACUGGGGAUCAGUAGAGUUGUUGCCAGGCUGCAGCCACGGGCGGGGGUGGGUGGGUGGGAGAGAUGGAUGACAGUAGACGCCCUCCUGCACUCUCAGCUGGUUGGAGAGUACCACUCCACUCUGAACAUUUGGCCUUCCCUGCAAAGAGUGUACUGUACUUGAAGAAAGCAGUCACACACAAAUGGCCAUGGAUGGAAUUGUUUGCCAAAGAAAUUUCUGGCCUUUCCCUUCCCCUUAAUCGCAUCAGGGAAGAAUCCUUAUUUCUAGCUUGGUUUCCACAUAAGGUUUUUUGAGGAAGGGGACUGGGACAAGAAAUCUGUCGUGUAGUUACGUAGACAAGGAAUCUUAUUAAUUCAGUUUUGUUUGAGAGUUGCUUGUCCAUAUGAUUUUUUAAAAGUGAGAUUUAGUUUCACAAAAACUUUUUUUUCUGAAAUUACUUUUGGGGUAAUAUUUAAAAUGAGAGACAUUUUGUAACCCUGUAAAAUACAUAGGGAAUAUAACAUUCCAGUGUACACACAGAAGACAGAUUCUUUAAUCAAAUAAAGAGUAUUAUAAAAUGAAUGUUUUUAGACUGUUGACCCUCUCAUCCUUUGGUGUCGUCUUGGUGAUUCAGAAUGAUGUAAUGGGAUCUAAGAUUAAAAAUUAAUGAUAUGUUUCUUUUAAGAGGAAAUAA